AUGUUCUUAAUCAUUCAUACUGAUGGUCCAAAACCAAUUACCGUUCAGUUUCGUCUUGUUGUGAAGACGGCUUUGAAGUUACUGCUGGUGUUCAUCGAGUACAACGAUAAUAACGCGCUUUUGGUGCUCGCCGCUAUUUCAGCCGUGGAUCGCAUAAAAGGCCAACAAGACUGGAGUGCACUCAUGAAGGUGAUAUCAGAGAAAGACUCACCCGAUCCAGAAACCCUUGUCUAUGGGAUGACUGUAAUAAACAAGACACUUAGGGGAAUCCCAGACAGUGACACAUAUUAUGACGCCGUCGAUACUUUGGACAUGCUGGGAAUGGAAAAUGCCAUGAAAGGCAUGGUCAAAUUGGGAAAUCCAGAGCUGGUGGAGCAAUGCCGUCUUUACGAACGCGAACUAAAUAAGGAAGAUGAGCGCGCCGAAAACAGCGACGACGACGCAAACGCUCGGAUGCGGUGGGUUUCCGCAAAUCCUUUUCGUUUCAUGACUCAGCUGAUAACCACCCGUUUAUGA